UUCUGGAGAAUGGAUAUAAUUAUUUUGUUUUACUAGCCUGCCCUCAGUGACCUGAACUAUGCCCUGCAAAGAGAAAAGACCUGCUAUUGAUAUGAUGAUAUUUUUUCUGUUGUUCUAUUCUAUGAUCUGCUGUUCAUCUUCAUCAUCAUCAAUGUGCAUGAAAGGGAUUCAAAAGGCUGAAUACAAGGAGUUUGCUAAAGGUCCAUGCCCUAAUAUUAUUCCAAUGACUCAAAACUCCUCCACAGUGUCUAAUACAGUAGAGUUCACCUGCACAUAUACAGCAAAUAGCUCCGUCUAUUGGUCAUUCAAUGAUUACAUCAUUAGCUCAUCCUUCAACUACCUACCACAGGGCAGUAAUAUAGUUUUAUUUGUGAAUGACUAUAAAAAUUUCACUUCUCUUCAAAUUCGAGUCAAAGAGGUCUACGAUUUCAAUAUAUCUGAAAUUAUAUGUGGACUGUACAAAGUUCAAUAUUCGUGUGGAAAUAAAACGGCUACAUCAUAUUCAAUUGUGGCAUCAGAACCUGCAAAACUGAUUAUUUUUGGUCCUCCCAAGUUUCUUUCUCAACAUGUAAAGGAUAGUAGUACGAUUAUUCUGUCUUGGUCAGCUCCCAUAAAUUCUUCCUUAGUAAACAUACAUUUUGAAUAUCGGAUAAGUAUAUACAAUUCUACAACUAGAGUGUUGUUAUUGAUGUCAAAUACAACAUUUAUUGCCAUAACAAGGAAUGAUUUAAUCAGUAGCAUAGAAUGCAGUUGGUAUAAAUGGGGAGUUAGAGCUGGUUUCAAAGAGGAUUAUAGUCAAAUAAAAUUAGCACCUACAAAUUUUACAUUCAUUUCAGCUCCUAGCAUAUCUGAUGAACUAGAGGUAGUGAAAAAUAGCAGUUCUAUUUAUAUCAAGUUCUAUGUUGCAAGGCCUUGUGAUAGCGAUAUGAUCAAUGAUUACACUUACAUUCUAUUGCAAAGAGAUUAUUACCAGAGACCACUAAAGUCAAUAAAGAUUAUGAUCACAGCAGAUAAAUUUGAUACAACGCAAAAGACAUUGAUACCAAUCAAAGUGGAUAUCACAUCUUUGAUUUAUGAUUCUACUUUGUCAAUAGCAAUUGAAGUGUCUAAUAGAUUUGGUGUUGAUACUACUGAAUAUGCAAGCAUUACUGAUAAAAGAAACAUGUCAACAACAAUGAGUUCAACUCCAUCAUCAAGUAUCAUCACUAUUGAUGGUUACAUAGUCAUUGUAAUGGCUGGAAUUGGUGCUACAGCACUAUUGUUAGUAAUACUAAUAUCACUAGUAUCACUAUUAUCACUACUUCUAAUUAAAAGGAAGAAACAAAAAACAAGUUACAAUGUUGUCGCUCUUAAGCUCAACAAAAUCACUUAAGAUGUGUUUAAUCAUGAAGCAAUGGAACAAUAUUGCACUGAAAUUGAUAUAGAAAUAAUUGUGCUGUUAGUUAAAAUCCCUUGUAAUAGACAAUUUGGUGAGUCCAUCAAUUAAGAUUCCAAA